GUCCCGUCGGCAGCACCAGAGCCAGGCUCGGAGGCUGGGGGGGGGCCAGGAGCCAGCACUGAGCCCCGAGCAUCUGCGGCCUGGGAGCCGUGGGCGCUGAGUCCCCCAGGCCAUGGACCGAGUGACCAGAUACCCCAUCUUCAGCAUCCCUCACUCGCCCCGUGUGGCCGGCCUGGGCCUUGAGGAGGGCACUGGCUACACGUUUGAGCUGGUGGACGUGGGGCCUGAAGCCAGCAGCUGGGACCAGGACCAGCCACAGGCCCGGCCUGCUGACCGAGAGGCCUGGCCGAAUGCAGCCGGGCGGAAGGCGUCCUGGAGCCCAUGUGCCUUCCCUGAGGCACGGGGCCGGCCAUCCCCGUGGAGGCUCUGCUGGGAGGGUGACAAGGACAAGGAGGCGCAGGCCUGCCACCUGGACACAGGGGCCACCCAGCCCACGCAGCCGCGAAGCCUGGAGCAGGAGCGCCGCGCGGUCAUCCAGGGCCAGGCGCUCAGGAAGGGCGGCACGGUGGCCACGCUCCGGGGCAGCCUUGCGCCCUGGGACCCCAGGAGCCCUGGCCAAGCUCCGUCUGGGCCCCUGGAGGAACACACGGUGGACAGAGAGCAGAUUGACUUCCUGGCGGCCAGGCAGCAGUUCGUGAGUCUGGAGCAGGCCGGUGCAAGGGCACCUCCGAACCUUCCAGCCGGGGUGGCCCCUGUGUGGGGCCCGCCUGGCAUCCGCCAGGCACCCAAGGCCCCCGCCGGGCCGCCCCUGGCCAACGGGUAUGCUGCCCCACUGAGACCCCAGGUGACGGUGGUGGUCACGGGAGACAAGGGGGCGGCCGGUGCCCAGGCUGUGGGCGACCGUAGCUCCCAGUCCCCAGGGGGGUCCCCAGAGCCCCCAGGGGAGACACCCAUCGAGCGGGAGAUCCGGCUGGCCCAGGAGCGAGAGGCGGCCCUGCGGGAGCAGAGGGGGCUGCGGCAGGCAGCCAGCCAGCAGGAGCUGGUGGAGAUACCCGCCAGGCCGCUGCUGGCCAAGGUGAGCCUGGCCUCGAGCCCGCGGCGGGACAGAGGGCGCCCGUCACUCUACGUGCGGCGGGACUUGGCGCAGGAGACCCAGCGAGAGGAAGACCACCGGCGGCGGGAGGGCCUGAAGGCGGGCCAGCCAUCCGCCCCCACCGGGGCGUCCGUGGGUCCCCAGCCUGCGCUCAAGAGAGCCCUCAGCUCAGACUGCAUCCUCGGCCUGGCCCCGGAGGCCGGUGCGGCCCGCCCUGCGGCAGAGGUGAGGAGGGAGGACCGGCCGGCACACCCAGCCUUCCACGCAUAUGGCAAGCCUGGGGGUCCCUCUGCAGAGGAGGCCAAGGCUGUGAGCUCUCCAAAGGCCGCAGGGCCUCAGUGGCAUCUCUCGGAAUCCUCUGGAAAACCACCAGGCGCAAAGUCGCAGUGCUCCAAGCCCCGCGAGGGACCCCCGCGAGCCCACGGAGGUGUCAUUCGACGGGAGUGUUUCCGCCUGCAGCCCCUGCGGUUCAGGGUCCCAGAGGGGCCCCUGCAGGCCGAGGUCCGCAGCCCGCCAGGCUGGGAGGUCGGGGGGAUCCUGGCGUCUAGGCUGCAAAGAUCCCCUUCGUCCGAGCUGCUGGAGAAGGAGGUGGAGAGCGUCCUGCAGCGCGAGCGGGAGGUGGCCGCGGAGCGGAGGCUGGCGCUCUUCCCCGAGGUCUUCUCCCCUCCGCCCGAGGAGGAGGCCGAGGAGGCCGAGGACUCCCGGAGCUCCUCCGCGGCUUCCGGCGUCACCGGCAGCUACUCCGUGUCCGAGUCACACUUCUUCGUCAGCCCCAUCCACCUGUCAGGUGUGGCGGAGACGGAGGAGGCCCCGGCCAAGGCUGCUCCUGAGCAGGAGAAAAGGAAGGAGCAGCGGUAUGCCAGCAUCAGUGCCUCGGACCACAUCAACUCAGAGGUCCUGGAGGCCACGCGGGUGACCCGCCACACCAAUGCCAAGGCGAGGUGCUGGGAAGCCCGUAUCUGUGCCAGUGAGGGCCAGGGCUGAGCCAGGCACGGGCACCGUGCGCCUGCCCGGCCCUGCCUGCGGGGGCUGCCACCCCUCCCUGAGCCCCUCUUCCCUUAGGAAGUAGGGUCCUGUUUAAAUUCACCUCCGGAGAGCCGCCGACCACACCCCCGCCAUCUCCAGAGCGGACGCAUUUUCAGAGGCCACGCUUCUCUUUCCUGUUUUGGUCUUCCUGGAGGGAUGGCUGUUUCCUGCGCCUAAAGUUGGGGAUGAAACGGGAACCCUCUCGAACCUGCUUCUAAGACUUUGCCAAACA